AUGGACGAUCUCAACGACCCGGCUAGACGUCUGAAAGACGCCGACAUGAUCAACACGGCAAAGAAGGCCGAUGAGAUGGCCCAAAAGGAGAUUGCGCAUCCCGCACAGGCUGCUUCGUCUACCAUCGAUGCCGCGGCUCCAUGCUCUGCUCAAGUGCUCGAAAGGCCUAUACUUGCUUGCUUCGAGCACCCUAUCACAGGGGCGAGACUCAUGGGUGUAGUUGGCCCUGAUGGUUUACCUCUCCAUACCAACAACGCCAUUUCGCUGCCUGUCAGAUCAGAACCCUCGAGCUCUGUUGAAGAAGUCAAUCGAAGUCAGGGAGAAGCUCUGGCUACAAUCGGCAACAUCGGAGGGAGACGAGCAAUGGGUUUUACCUGUUCUUCUGCGGCGGCUGCCAAAGCUAUCGCCGACUUCGCUGCACGAAACUUGUCUGUUUUUCAACAGCGCUCUUCGGCUUGUGGUAACUGUGGUAGUGUUCGUCACUUGUUGGCCGAAUGUCUUCUUGCUGGCCGUCACGGCGUAGUGGAGGGCUGCGCAUUCCAUAACAACAAAGACCACAACACCGACCAGUGCCCAGAGUUCAUCAAUGCUGGCCUCUCUUUCAAGGUCCGUCUCUUGGUCACCUCACGGGGUCGCCUUCCACCUCUCGCCACAGGAGACGCAUGGUAUCCUCUGGCCGCAGAAUGGAAUACCCAGAACCCAGAUGAUUUGAUCCAGAUGUACCCUUGGACCACCGAACUCACCAGAUCGCUUUCCUCUGCUUGCCCCGCCCUCCAGGAAGUCUUCGACGAUCAUCGGGACUACGACAAGCUUCCCAUCGAUCCUGCCACGAAGGACUGGUCUGCGGUUCAGUCGUCGUUCGCUACUUCCACCACUAUCUGA